UGACGUCAUCAGUCUGCGAAGAGGCAAGAUAUAAAUUAAGGAAACGUCUUUAAAUUACAAAAUUCACAAUUUUAUUAGAAUUGAGGAGACUGCAGAGCGUAUGCAAGAGUGACAGUAAGGUAGACACCAAUAGAAGUGUUAAAACCAUUUCGGAACUUUUAUCAUUUAAAUUUGGGCUGCCAGUUUACAGGGGGUUGUGUUUUUGAUGCCAGCACACGAAUUAAUAUGAGUAGUUUACGUACACAUAACUUUCAAAACGAUUGAACAGUAAUUUGCAGUGCAUCAAAUAAAUCGUUGCAUUUUUAAAACCUGUAAUUCAGAAUUGUAACUCGUGUACCUCGGACGUAGUCACAUUAGCUAUAAUAACAAAUAAUCUUGCUGUUUAAUACCCUUAUUCUUUCUUGAGUAUGUUUAGUUAUAUUAUUAUAUCAUGAAAUAUGCAAGACUAGGAGCAGUUUGCAUGUUUUUGUUCAGUGUUUCAUAUAGCGUCGUAAAUAAGAAUUCAAUACCACACGUGGGAACAACAGCGCUUUUUUUUUAUUUUCGCCCCAAAUGAGUUAAAUUUACAUACAGUGAUAUAUUAUUACUUCGAUCUGUUACGUCACAGUUCUCUAAACCAGCCAUGAAUAAUGGUGCUAUUACAUUGCCAUUCAAGGGCAAAGUUGAGACCACAAACCUUAUUUCACAUGUGGCCUGUGCUGCACAGAUGGAAAUAAGACUCCUGUUGCAUCCCCCAUUCCAAGUUUUAGUGACAAGCUGAGUUCUGUCUUAUUAAACUUGUAGUAAAACCAGUAAUGGAUCACACUGCUACACAACAGGAGUCUUGUUUCCAUCCCUGAUGCUGGAUUCAAAGUGUAACAGACCUCCAAAGAAACUGUUGACUCCACCCUAACGCCAUGGAAGUGACUCACUCAAUCAGAGAGCGAACCAUCACUGAAAACAGCCUGGUGGUGCUGCUCCAAGGCAUCCACGGCCACGUCACCACGGUGGACCUGCGGGAUGAAAGCGUGGCCAAGGGUCGCAUUGUCAAUGUGGAUGCCUUCAUGAACAUCCGCCUGGCCGAGGUUGUGUACACUGACCGGCAGGGCAGAGCCACCCAUCUGGCUGACUUCUUUGUCACUGGUAGGAAUGUGAGGUAUGUGCACAUCCCUGACGAAGUGAACAUCAUCAAGACCAUCGAGAGCCAGCUGCAGAAGAUCCACAGGGUGAGGAACUUUGGCGGACAAGGGCAAGGGAGAAAGGAAUACCUCAAGUGUAAAAAAUGACAUUUUAUGAUGCCCACAAGAAGGAUCAUCCUGCAGUGUGUUGCUGUAUAGAGACUUCCCAAGUCAUGACAAAACACUGCUCUGUUGCUACUACAGAACAGAGAUCUGGUGUAAACCUUAAUAAAUAGGUAAGACAGCUUGUGUGUGUGUUCACUAAGUUUGGAUUUCAGAGAAACAGAUGAAAGCCCUGCUGAUGUACUGGUUAUUUCCCCCAGGAACUGUUAAGCUGGGUUUCAAAUAAACUGUCAGAAAUAA